UCCUGGGGGCGGAGAGGUAACAGCAGUUUACUGGCAGUGACCGAAAAAGUGGUGCAGAACCUUCGGAAAAACACUCAAAUAAUUUUGGGGGAGCCCAACUGGGAUUGACACUUUGAUCGCAGGCAUUCGGGUCUGUGCUCCCGAUCCAAGCCAGAGAUGAGCAGCGAGAAGACUGCAUACGCUCCGGUGGGGGGGAUGCCUUCUCCGCCCUCGCUUCCCGGCCAGCCAGCGUUCCCUGCUGGAUUUGACAUGAAUAUACCGGGCCAAAACAUGUUCGGAGCCCCUGCCCAUGGGGGUGGUUUCCCUGCUCCUACUGGGUUCCUUGGGCCUUCUCCUGGUGAUUUUCACGGCUCUGGUGGUGUUCCUGCUGCUGGUGGGUUCAAUGCUCCUGGUGGUUUCAAUGCUCCUGGUGGUUUCAAUGCUCCUGGUGGGUUCGAUGCUCCUGGUGGUUUCAAUGCUCCUGGUGGUUUCAAUGCCCCUGGUGGGUUCAAUGCUCCUGGUGGGUUCAAUGCUCCUGGUGGUUUCCUUGCUUCUGGUGGGUUCAAUGCUCCUGGUGGGUUCAAUGCUCCUGGUGGUUUCCUUGCUUCUGGUGGGUUCAAUGCUCCUGGUGGUGUUCCUGCUGCUGAUGGUUUCCCUGCUUCUGGGGGUUUCCCUGCUCCCGGUGGUCUCCCUUUCCCCCCACCGACUGCUUUCGGGCCAGGUGUUCCUGGAGCUUUUGGAAUGAAACCCCAAGACGGUCCAGGAUAUGGAGGCAAACCCUCACCAUAUUCUCCUCCAGGCCCAGGGUCUAAUGGAGACUUCAAUGAUAAUGCUUACCAUAGCGAGGAAGAGCCACCACCCUUUCAUGAGAAUCAAGAAUUUGAUUUUGGAUUAGAUAACAAGAGCAUAAGACGAGCCUUCAUUCGAAAGGUGUUCUUGGUGUUGACUGCUCAGCUGACGGUGACGUUCGCCUUUGUGGCUGUUUUCACUUUUGUGAAGGAAGUCAAGGUGUUUGUCAUGGUGAACACCUGGACCUACCUUGUGUCCUAUGUCAUAUUCUUUGUGUCGCUGUGUGUGAUCAGCUGCUGUGGAAGCGUUCGCCGAAGACAUCCUUGGAACCUGGUUGCAUUAUCUGUCCUGACUCUCAGCAUGUCCUACAUGGUGGGAAUGAUCGCAAGCUUCCAUGAAACCGAUGCAGUCAUCAUGGCAGUGGGCAUCACAGCCGUCGUGUGCUUCACUGUGGUCAUCUUCUCCAUGCAGACCAAGUACGACUUCACUUCCUGUUACGGGGUGCUUUUCGUCUGCUUAAUUGUCCUGUUGAUCUUCGGCAUCCUCUGCAUCUUCAUUCAAAACAGGAUUUUACAGAUUGUGUAUGCUGGACUGGGAGCUUUGCUCUUCACCUGUUUCCUGGCGGUGGACACACAGCUGCUGCUGGGCAACAAGGAAUUGUCCCUGAGUCCAGAGGAAUAUAUCUUUGCUGCUCUCAACCUGUACAUGGACAUCAUCAACAUCUUCCUGUAUAUUCUUGCUAUCAUUGGAAGAGCAAGGGGAAGCUGAGCUGGACCAACAACAGUUUAAAAUUCUGCUGAAAAUCGCUUUGAGUUUGUGUCUAGCAGUGCUUUACCUAUAUCCUGAUUUUAAUUUUGUCUUGUAGUGUACUUUGAUCACAUAGUUUGAAAAUGUUUUGCUUCACCCAAUGUAAACGUUUUUUUUAUUUUUUAAUAUAUAGAUUGUCUCUGCUGUAGUUUGGGGGUUCAUUAACACUUUAUGAGCUAUUGAGUGUGUUGUAUAAAAAUUGAAUAUGAUUUAGAAAAUGAUAUGUAAAAUAAAAUCAAACGGUAUACAUAUUUGGCUCUAGACAUCACACAGCCUUCAUCAGCAGAAGUAGUUUAAUAAAGAUCUUGUUAUGAGGUUAACACUUUGGAAAAAGAUAGUGAAGUGGACUUUGAGUUGUGAUUAUUUAUUGAAUAAACUUUUCCAGGGUUAAAUGUACCUGUGUAAGCCAGCAGCUUAAAAAAAGCUAUAAAAAAAAGGGAUUGUAUGAAAACAUACCAGUUGCUUAACUUGCAUGUCAAUAGAUGCAUCACCAUGGCAACUGAGUAAAAGCUGCUGAAGAUUAAAUAUUUAGAUAAUGUAAGUCAUCAGACCCUGGGUUUUUGUGAAACUAAGAAUGACCUGCAAUGCUAUGUAUAAAGUUAUUUUAUAAACCUUA